AUGGAAUCGCAAAAUCAAAAUUCUUUUGCGUCCUUAAAUAACCAUAAUCAUGCUGAGCCUACUGAUGAAGAAGAAAAAUACAGCAACGGAAUUAGCCAUAAUCACACCAUGCAUAGCAAUGGAUUUCAUGAGCAUCCAGAAUCAGCUCCACGAGAAGAGUUGAAAGUGUCAAUACCUUCCAGAGCACAGCCUAAGCCUCCGAAAUCUUCAAAAUCCAAAAAAUUCGAUAUUUCUGACUUAAAAAAAGAUCCAGAAAUGUAUCAAAAGAUACUAGAUGAAGCAAUACGCAUUGAAAAAAAUAAUAACAAAUCCUCGAUCUAUGAGCUUGAUUUUCAAAUUCAAUAUCCUACUGCUUUCGGUGAAAAAAUACUAAUAACAGGAAGCUCAGAGAUUUUAGGGAAUUGGGAUGUGUCAAGUGCCUUACUCCCUCCGUGAACGGACAAAACCAUUGGAAAAUCCUAUUUUUUUGGUAAAAAAACCUAGAGCAAAAAAAUUUUUUUUAUGAAAAAUAUUUAAUAUCUGAGCCACUCUAAAGUGCCUGACACUGGCUUCUCUAGGCCACUUGGAAUUCUAGCAGCCUCAUAAAGGUGAAAAACCAACUCUAAGUUGACAAUCCUUGCAAAGAUUGUGCUUUUGUCAAUUUGGAGUUGACUUGUCACCUUUAGGUGACUGCUAGAGCAGCAAGUCUCUGUGGAGAAACCAUCAUCAAGUCACACUAUAGCGGUGUACCCUAUAUAGAAGUGAUAAUUAUUAUAAUAAUAUCUCUAACAAAUUCUGUUGUAUUUAUAUAUAUAUUUUAAAAAUAAAAAUAAAUCCCUCCGUGAGCGAACAAAACUUUUUUGCUCGCUCACGGAGGGGCAGUUAGAACUUGAAUGAAGCCCAGGAAAUAUAUGAAAAAUUUCACUUCCGAUCCCAGAAGGACAGUUAUCUGAUUUUGAGUAUAAAUACGUUUGCGUUAAAGGAGCCGACGCUGUUUGGGAAGGAGGAAGCAACAGAGUUUUAAAGCUCUCUGAUGGUAAGCCAAAAGGAGAAAGCUUGAUUUUUAAUAGACACGAUGCAUGGCAAAAAUAA